AUGUGUCGGCGCUCGGGCUGUCCCGCGGACAUGCUCGGGGCGACCCGAGGCGAUAUUGAGCCACCAUCCGAACCACGCGACUCCCUCGUGCAAUUCAGGUCCUUCAACGUCGCAGGCGGCGCCGAGCACAUUCUGCCCCGCCAACUGGCUCACGCGAGGGGAGACACGUUGCAUGGCGCCUUGACGCCGCCCACAUAUACCGAUGUUGCGCUUGCGCGAGCCGGCAACGUCGUAGCCCUCGGCGCGGUCCACCAAACACCCACGACAUCUCCCCCAGCACCUCGCCCGACGACGGUACCAGGCUCUGUGUGGGUGGAAGUGAUAGGCCUCGCUCGACAACGACGGUCGAGGUGUCCGCGCGGGAAUUCCUCGUUGACGGCCGCGACAGUUAGGGAGGGGACAAGGGCGGCGCGGAGCGCCGCCAGCGACGCCGACAAGGCACGUCGCCGAGCGCUUCUUCACACCGAAAAAUCCGCAAAUCGACGGGAAAUGCGCCGAGGUCCGCGCGGGAACCCCUCGCUGAACGCCACGGCUGUCGGGGACGGAUGGAGGGGGAGGGGGGCAGCGCUCUGCGCUGCCGGCGGCAGGAACAACGUUCGAGGUGCCUCAGACACCCCACGCGUCGACGUCAUUUGCGCCGGUCCCCGUGAUUUCUGUACGAGCCAGGCGUCGCGGUCGGUGACGAGGAGGAGGGGGCGGUGGUCAGCACAGCAGGUGCGAGAUUUUCGGCCGCUUCUCAAUCCCCCAAAAUCCGCAAAUCGACGUCAAAUGCGCCGAGGUCCGCGCCUCAAGUUCUCGUUGAUCGACGCGACCUUUGGGGUGGGGGAGGGGGUGGCGCGCAGCGCCGCCCUAGCCGCUCACAACAUCCUCACAUCAAGCACGGUCCGAGCAUCGCUCCCCCUGCUCCUAACGAGCAUCGCCCCCACUCCCCAAGCGAUGAGGCAACGUAUCGCCGUCCGGCGAGCGAGGGUAAGGAAUAUCUGGGCUUCUUCGUCUCGGAUGGGCUAUUCCUCAGCGCUUCACGGUUCCCCUACGCUCUCAAGGUGCACCCCCUACGCUCUCAAUGCGCUACCCCUUCUCACCGAUGGGCUACCCCUUCUCACUGAUGGGCUACCCCUUCUCACCGAUGGGCUACCCCUUUCGCCCGCGCCCACCUCGCACGCGCAAGAAUCUGCUUCCCCUUUGGCGUUGAGGCAGUGGAUCGCCGUCCGCGGGGUGAUGAGUAUCACCCCUUGGACGCCGAGUACUCACCCCUUGGGCGCUGAGUACUCACCACUCGGGCGCCGAGUACUCACCGCUCGGGCGAUGAGUGUCCACCACUCGGGCGCUGAGUGUCCACCACUCGAGCGCUGA